GGCAGUCUGAAUCCUGGGUGAUUCCCACUGAAGGCAGUUCCAGCAUUUCUAACCUGUGUGAUGGUCAAACAUCCACUGCAGGGAAAGUGUCUCUGGUGUCUCCAGCUGGGAGGAUAGACCAGGGAGGAUGAAGGGAAGAAAGAAGGGACUUUCCUUGCCUUCACCCUUUAUGUUGCUGUUCUUCUGUAUCACGGGGCGCGCAAAUGCCGAGCUGGAUGACAGCAAAGAAGAGCACGUUGUGGGUGCUGCUUGGCCACCACUGAAGCUUGUGCACUCAUUCUGUGCCAUGAAAGCAGAUGAUGGCCCGUGCAAAGCCAUCCACAUCCGCUAUUUCUUCAAUAUUAAAAGCCGCAAGUGUGAAAUAUUUGAAUAUGGUGGAUGCCAUGGCAAUGAGAACAACUUCCUAACGCUGGAGGAAUGCCAGGAGAAGUGUGUGGCAACAGGUUGUAGUCGUCUGAAUUAUUUUACGUGGUGCAAGCAGACAGUCAGGAUUUGGAAAGAAUUGCCUCAGAAGAUGGCGUUAGCAAAAAUUAAGAAAGGAAAGCCUGACUUCUGCUUGCACGCCCAAGAGCCAGGGGUCUGCAGAGGAUAUUUCACCAGGUACUUCUACAACAAAGAGACAAAAUUGUGUGAAGCUUUCAAGUACGGUGGGUGUCUAGGAAACCAGAACAACUUCAGGAGUUUGGAGGAGUGCCAGGCUACCUGCCAAGAUAACUCAAAUUUGUUGCCAACUGUUACAACAGAAGAACAUCCCAGCACUGUGAACAGCAGCUCCCCAGCAGAAGAACAUCCCAGCACUGUGAACUGCAGCUCCCCAGCAGAAGAACAUCCCAGCACUGUGAACUGCAGCUCCCCAGCAAAAGAACAUCCCAGCACUGUGAACAGCAGCUCCCCAGCAGAAGAACCCAGCCAGUCUCCUGGGAUUUUUGUGAAUUUGUUGCCAGCUGCUCCAAAUGAGAAGUCCAACACCCUGAACAGUAGUUCCCCAAAGGAGGAGCCCAACCAUUUCCCCCUUUUUUUUGAACCACCUCCUCGUGUCCCUUCUUUGUGCAUGACCCCUAUGGACAGAGGGCUUUGCAGAGCCAAAGAGUUGAGAUUUUUCUACAACUACUCGACUGGAAGGUGUCACCCAUUUAGCUACAGCGGUUGUGGUGGGAAUGAGAAUAAUUUCAUCUCCAGAAAGUCGUGUUUGAGGAUCUGCAAGAAAGGAUUCAAUAAGAAAAAAGAUGAAAGAAGGUUAAUAAAAAUCAAGAAAAAAAGAAAGAAACAGCCAGUAAAGGCUCUGGGCAUGGAAAUCAUCCCUGAAAGAAUGCAAUUUUGAUUUCUAUGGAAAUGUGAAGUAAACUACUCUUCACCCGUGAAAGAAAACCUUCAGUGUACACCAUUAAAAUAGCUUUACUGUACUGAUUAUUUUGAUUAUAUAUUACUAAGCUGCAUAUAUUUUUAUUAUGUAUUCCUCAAUUAUGUUAAUAAACAUUACCUUUUACUUC